GUGAUCUGCUGGGAACCGUGUCUUAACGAUCAGUCCACUGCGGGACUUUAAGUUGGUGACAAAAAUCUUGUCUCAAUCCUUAAUACUCGAAUACGAAAUCUACUUCCGAUAGAUACCGUCAUACAUUGGCCUCUGCGCAAUAAAAUUGCUGAUCUUUUGCUAAGAAAGGCGCCUCUCAUGCGCUGUUAUCACAUAACUACUCCAGGGUAAAAAUCUCAUUUAACAGACAGCUUUAGAUAAUCGCCCUAGUAGUAGGUUAGGCUCCAGGUGGUGCCCUUACCAUCGAGACUGAUAGAGUCGUUCAGCAGUCCACUAUUAGCAGGCUUUCAAAUGAUCACCUCAGAUAUAAUCCCCUUUCACCAAUUUAAUAAAAGUGACCAACCUGAAUCAUGAAUAUCUGACUUCAUAUUGGUCAUAAUUGACCCUCUAAACUGCUAAGAGUGACAUAAUAUAAAACUUUUUCAAAACGCUCAGACUUUUGGAUUCAGACCACUGUGUUGUUAAUUCCAGAAGAAAGCGAAUGAUGCGAUUAAAUUUCAAUAAUAUUAAGUCCGCAUGAGCAUGAAAAUCGGUAUAUAAAAUGAAGCGUGUCCUUUCUACUUCUGAAAGAAAAAGAAACGACGAUUAGUAACCGAGGCACUUGAACCAUAAAAAUGUCAAACGAAAACUUUGACGGAAGACAGGAGUUUAAUGAAUCUCGCUCAGAAAUCCUGAAGAAGUACGAAAAACUGCGACAAGAUGUGCGGUGCUUACAUGCAAAGGUAGUCGAAAAAGAGUUACGCCUCGAAGAACUUAGGGAAAUGAUAAAAAUACUGAAGGUCACAGAUCGCAAAUGUUUUUUGAUGAGAAGUGACAUUUUGAUGGAAGGUAAUGCCCUAACUUACGCUCUCAAUGAAAAAGAAAAGAGUGAAAAGAGGCUCGAAGAUCUGAAGGUUGAAAUAGGAGAAAAAGUAAAGCAACUCAGAGAUUUCCAAAGUAAUUUCAGCAUAAGAGUCCCAUCUUGAUUAAAGAACACAGUUCAAUGAAACAUUAUUAUUGAUAUUACUUUAUUUUGAAGGAAAACUUUAACUAAUUCCUAUGUAUAGUGAUUAUACAAAAAGAAUUUUUCUAUUUCUGACAGAUUUUUUUUCCCUUUCAAAUUUGAAUUGUAUUGCCUAAAAUGAUAAAAGGCUUCUGAAACACUUGAAUGUUUAUGAAAUUAUUCUAAGAAAUAGAUUGUAGUGUAAAUUUAACACAUAAUUGAUUGACUAUUUUUUACUAUUUCCUUGCAUCAUUUUAGUUAAAGAAAUUAUACAUAUAUAUAUAUAUAUGUAAAGAUAAUUUGUAAGGUUUUAUUAAACGAUUUUUUACUACAUACAUAGCAUUUAGAAUAUUUAAGCCUUAAAAAUUAAGCGAUAUUUUCAUCUACAAAAAGGUUGUCACCUCCAGCAAUUUAAAAAAAAAAGGUUAAGCUGACUUUCUGCGAUAAUGACUUACCAGGUUUGAUAUUGAUUUAAGAGACCCUAAAAUUAGAUUGCUUUAAUUUAACUGCAUUUUUUAUAACUACACAC